GAAAAAAUAUACCAUUUUUAGGGAGAAGAAUGAGACUUCUCUAUCUCUAGCUCUACUUGCAGCUGCCCCCUCCAUACCUUUUUCAUAUCCUUCCUCUCUCUCCCCACCUUUUUUCUCUCCUUUUCUUCCGUUUUCUGGGCUUGGUUCUGGACUGCUGCUAUAUGAGGGGAAGAACAUGGGUAGGGGAAGGGUUCAGUUGAAGAGGAUUGAGAACAAGGUAAAUAGGCAGGUGACCUUUUCAAAGAGGAGGUCUGGAUUGUUGAAGAAGGCUCAUGAGAUCUCAGUUCUUUGUGAUGCAGAGGUGGCCCUGAUUGUCUUCUCCACUAAGGGGAAGCUCUAUGAGUACUCCACCGAUUCCUGGAAAGCACCUUACCAGGAUGAGGAGCAUGCCAUGGAAUCUAAGUUGAUUCCUGGGAAUAAAAGGAUAGGCCUCUUGCAAGAAGAUCAAGGGCCAAAUGUUAUCCACUUUGGUUCCCAUUUUUCGUGGUGA